UUCGAACGCCUCGGUAUCAGCCAAUCGGAAAGCGGAAUGCCGUGUGACCCGGAAGGGACUCUCCCGAAACCCGGAAGUACUGUGUCCUCACGAAUUCUAGGCGGGAGAGUCUUCUCCGUCCUGAGAGAGAAAGGAGGAGGAAAGGAGAGUAAGUUUUCAGAUCUGAAGGAGACAGUAUAUAGAAGUUCUUCUGGAGAAUAAAAUGUUAAGAGAAACAACGCCAACUAGGAAGUAAUCUGGCAUAGUCUCACUGCACAGCUGUAUCAUCUGGUGUCAGAUAGUAAAACACCUGCGUCUUUCCUUAUCCAGCUGAAGAAUCUGCUGUCUUAUUAAUCAGAAUUCUUCAACUGAAGAUGAAACAGGAGGCUUCCCGAAGCGCAUCCUAUACUGUGGAAUGUGAAGAGUAUGUACAUGUGGUGGAAUUCAGCCCAUUUGAGAGCGGAACAGCAGAGUCUCUGAUAGCAUAUGGUGGCAAUAAUUAUGUGGUUGUUGGAACUUGCAAGUUUCAGGAGGAAGAUGCAGAAGUAGAAGGAAUACAAUAUAAAACAAGAAGAGUAUUUCAUCAUGGAAUUAGAAUUGAUGCCAUUGUGUGGAGUCCGGAAAGUAGACUUGAUGCUUUACCUCCUCAGAUACGGUUUUGUACUGCUGGUGCUGAUAGGAAGUUAAGAUUAUUCACAUCGGAUUUCCAAGACAAGGAUGAAUGUAAGGUCUUUGAAGGCCACUCUGAUUACAUUAAUGAUUUAGUAUUCUCACCUAAAGAUGGUCAAGAAAUAGCAAGUGUGAGUGAUGACCACACUUGCAGAGUCUGGGACUUAGAAGGAAACUUGAGAGCUUAUUUUGUUCUACGUUCUCCUGGAAUGAGUGUAGGCUGGCAUCCUGAAGAUGAAUUUAAGGUGAUGGUUGCAGAGAAGAAUGGGACAAUACGAUUCUAUGAUCGUGUGACCCAUCAAGCUGUUUUGUCUCUCACAACUGAUCAAACACCCCUGAUGUCAGCAAGCUGGUGUUUAAAAAAUACUUUUAAAGUUGGAGCAGUUGCUGGAAGUGACUGGUUUAUCUGGGACAUUACUCGAUCUAGUUACCCUUUGGAUAAGAGACCUGUGCAUGCAGAUAGAGCCAGAUUAUUCAGGUGGUCUAGAGUCAAUGAAAACCUGUUUGCUACUACUGGCUAUCCAGGAAAAAUGACCAGUCAGCUUUUAGUUCAUCAUUUAGGACAUCCUCAGCCCAUUCUUAUUGGUUCUGCUCCUGUAGGAUCUGGUUUAACCUGGCAUAGAACACUUUCACUAUGUGCCAUGGGAGGAGAUCAUAAACUUUUUUUCUGGGUGACAGAAUUGUAAACAUUUAUGUAUAGUGGUUAAAAGGUUUGGAUAUGGGGGUGAGAGUGGUUGUCACAAAUACUGUAAAAAGUUUGCUUGUUUUAUGUAGCCAUUUAUUAACCAAUUGAUCCAGAUUAUGUUAACUCUAUACAAAAAAUAAAGAGUGUUUGUUGGGAGGCA